CAUGAAGCGAAAGAUUGCUGAACUAGCUACUGCUACUACUGUGGCUGCUGAAUUUUCGACGAAGAAUCAGCGAUCGAAGAUUCCUCGACGAAAACGAGCUCACAUUUCUCCAAUUCUCUGCAAUUUCACCGUUUCAAAUGCUUCACUGAAGCUUAAUCUCUCUGUCAAUUCAAAUUGCGAUGAAGUCUCUUGCAAUACCACGCUCGAAUCAGCUGUUCUGCCUCCAAACGCGGCGUUUAACAGAGAAAAUGAAGUGAUUCAGAAGCUGCAGAAGAAGGAAGUUGCUCAAAUCUCAGUGUCGGAGAAUUCAUGUGUUGAAUCCUGCUCUGUUGUUGCAGCUGAAGCAGAGUCCAAGCGAAACAGCGUUGUUCAAACGGAAUUCUCCACGGUUUUACAAUCUCCGACGAAUACGACCACUACUGUUGAGCAGAAAAACUCCGGCGAUUUUGUCGUCGGAAACAUCAGCUCUGAUUUGGCUUGCACUGAGAAUUUCUCAUACGACGAUUACGAGGUUUCAUCCGCAACGAAUUACUCGGAUCUUUUUUCCGGUUAUGGAGAAUCAGAAUUCGAGGAUUUCACCGAUGAAUACACUCCUUCAAUGUGGUUGAAUUCCGGCAGCCAAUUCUCUGAAAAAUCCGGCGAUGAUUCCACUCCUUCUCCUUGUUUCUCUCUCUUCAAGGAAUUUUAUCAACAGUUCUUAACAAUGAGCUCUAAUUCUCCUGAUUAUGAAGUUUCAUCUCUCUUCGAUGAUCAGUAUUCUGAUGAACUUGCUUAUUGGAGAUUUGAAGGCGAGGAAGAUGAAGAGAGCUACAGAAGGUUGAGAAGUAGAGAGAGAAAUCAAGCGGUGAAGGUGAAAGAUUAUGUUGAAGAAUAUGAUUUUGCCACUGAUUACGGAGGAUUAAUCGUUGAGCAACGGCUACUGAUGGUUAAUUGGAUUAUCGAGUUGUCCAGGAAAAAGGAUCUCCAGAAUGAAACCAUGUUCCUUAGUGUGCGUCUCCUUGAUCGAUUUCUGAGCAAGGGAAUGUUUACAAGUAGGAAGAACCUACAACUACUUGGCAUAGCCUGCCUGACCUUGGCCAUGAGAAUUGAAGAGAAUCAACCUUACAACAGUGUUCGACAAAAGUCUUUCUAUGUGGAAAGCAAUGUGUACAGCAGAUAUGAAGUAGUAGCUAUGGAAUGGGUAGUGCAAGAGGUCCUUAAGUUUCACUGUGUCUCGCCAACAAUUUACAACUUCAUGUGGUUUUAUCUAAAAGCUGCGACAGCUGAUGAAAGGAUGCAAAGAAAGGCCAAGUAUUUGGCAGGUCUAUCACUGCUUGACCAUAAUCAUCUAAGAUAUUGGCCCUCAACUGUGGCAGCAGCUUUAGUAAUCCUUGUUUCCCUGGCCACAAGUCGAGAUGAAUCCAGCCUUCGGGUCAUGGAGGCUCAUGUCAGAACAAAAGUUGAUGAUCUACCUGAAUGCGUCAAGAGCUUGGAGUGGUUGGUUAAGUAUGCUUGGUAAAUAAAAAGUCCAACAGUAUAUGAGAGAUUGUGAUCCUCAACACAACACAAUUGCACAACACAUGAAGAUGCAAAAAAUACAAAAUUCUUCAAGUAUAUAAACACUUGUGACUUGUUCUUAUUUCUGUACAUGGCCCCAAUUUUUUGUGAAGUCUGCCUAUGUCUCAUAAGAAGAGGAAAAAGUGACGUAGCGAAAGCGCCUGCAAAUUGAAUAUUCUCAGCGUUGAGGUCCAGAAGAAGCGUUCAGCUUCUAUGACAGACUUUGCAAAGCAAAUAUUCGCGUUCAUAAUAGGACCUCGUCUACAACACUUAUUCUGUUUGUUCACCAUUUUUUGCAAGUGUGUACAGACUAUAGUGAUAAUACAUCAUUGUAGAAAUUUAAGGUAAAAUUUUGCAUAGUGCAAACAUUAAUGAUUUGGUUCAGCUUUAGCCAAAGGCAUGAAGCUGUUAUUGAAUUCAGUGGACCAGCAGUGAUCAUUAUUUUAGUCCUUGUAGAACCAAUAUAUUGAACUAUUGAUUUCUUUUGUGUGUUAUACAAAAAAUCUAGUAAUGAGAACGGAUCCUAAGCCAUGCGAUUGUGAAA